AUGACAGUAUCUCUCACAAGACAAAUUAAAAUAAUCCCAAAACCAAUUCUUAAUAUCGAUGAUCAAUGUUAUGAAGCUGAAUAUUAUGAAAAGACAUAUUCCUUUUGUCUUCGCCGAACUGGUUCAAAUAAUAUUUAUGCCUACAAUUUUAAUACAGCACAAAUAUUUUGUAGCCAACGUGGUGGAUAUUUAGCAGAGAUAAAUGACGAUGGUGAACAUAAUUUUAUAUUGAACACCGUGAUUAUGUUACAUAAUCAGACAGAUCCACCAGCACCCAAUUUCAUCUGGAUUGGGGGACAAUUAUCAUUAUCCGAUCGAAGUGAUAAUAAAUACAUAUGGAUAACAUCACAAAAAGAAAUUAGCAAAGAUUUAUGGUGUCCUGGUGAAUGCAAUGUAAAAGGAAGACCCAUGGUGAUGCUGAAAACGUUUUGUCAAAUACCAUCAUCGAAACCACACAUUUGCCUCGGAACAAGACUAAAAGCAACAGAGCAAGCACCAUUUAUCUGCGUUUAUAACCGAAGAGAGCAAGCACAUUCCAUUUCGAUAGCAACGGAUUGGAAAAAAAGAGAAAAUUUUCCAGUAAUUAUUUAUGAUAAAGAUAAAUGCAUUGUUGUUCAAUCAUCUAAUAAUCUUUAUUAUUUCUGUUUUCGACGCCAAAAUUGUACGGGAACAAAUGCUUAUUGUUUAAAAUGGAUUCAAGCUAAAAAUGUUUGUCAGUCUAAAGGCGGUGAUCUUUUAACAAUUGAAACAGAGAAUGAAAGACAAUUUGUAUCAAGUAUUGUUAUAAAAUAUUUGAACGAAUCGUUGUUAACUCACAAUGGUAGUACGUACAAAAAUUAUCAAUUGGCACAAUAUCUUUGGAUUGAUGGUGUUAGAACUUCAAGUAGGUGAUCAUUUCUGCUACAGAUACUGUAAGUAGUAAAUUUUCUGUUAUUAUUUUUUAUGCAAUAAUUUGACAUAUACGUGGAGCGUAAACGGUAACAGAAUUUUGAAUGAUUUAUGGUGUGAAAAUAAUUGUACGAGUCGAUCACGUGAGCGCGUAAUGUUGAGAACAUUUUGUACCAGUAAUCCUAAAGUCGUCUGUCUCGGCACAAAAGAUGGAUGGAAUCCGGGACCAUUUAUUUGUAAAAAAAGACUUUUAAUUGA